UGGGGGGGGGUGGCGGGAUGACAACAAAUAUGGCGGAGAGGAGCAGGACGGCAGAGACGGGCAGUGCCACGGGAAGUGACGAUAUCAUAGCAGGGAACGUGAGCAAGUACAUUGUUCUCCCAGCUGCUUAUUCUGGACAGCCUAAAAAAGGACAUCUUAUAUUUGAUGCCUGUUUUGAAAGUGGGAACCUUGGACGGGUGGACCAUGUCACAGAGUUUGAGUAUGACCUGUUCAUCAGACCAGAUACCUGUAACCCACGCUUUCGAGUCUGGUUCAACUUCACUGUUGAAAAUGUGAAAGAAUCACAGAGAGUAAUUUUCAAUGUUGUCAACUUCAGUAAAACAAAAAGCCUCUAUAGAGAUGGGAUGGCUCCGAUGGUGAAAUCCACCAGCAGACCAAAAUGGCAAAGAAUACCCUCUAAAAACGUGUACUACUAUCGCUGCCCAGACCACAGGAAGAACUAUGUCAUGUCCUUUGCUUUCUGCUUUGACCGAGAGGACGACACUUACCAGUUUGCUUACUGCUACCCCUACACCUACACUCGCCUCCAGCACUACCUUGACACCCUCCAGAGGAGGAACAUGGACUAUUUCUGCAGGGAAUUGCUGGGACUCAGCGUGCAGAAACGACGGCUUGACCUCCUGACAAUAACCAGCCCCGCAAACCUGCGCCCAGGGGCUGAACAGAAAGUGGUGUUCAUCACUGCACGGGUCCAUCCAGGGGAAACACCAUCUUCCUUCGUCUGCCAAGGUAUAAUUGAUUUCCUUGUGAGCCACCAUCCUAUUGCAAAAGUACUGAGAGACCACCUGGUCUUCAAGAUUGCACCCAUGCUCAAUCCCGAUGGAGUUUACCUAGGAAAUUACAGGUGCUCGCUGAUGGGGUUCGAUUUAAACCGGCACUGGGCAAAUCCAUCUCCUUGGGCUCAUCCCACACUGCACGGAGUGAAACAGCUCAUCAUCGACAUGUACAACAAUCCGAAGAUUAACCUGGAGUUCUAUAUUGACAUCCAUGCCCACUCCACCAUGAUGAAUGGCUUCAUGUAUGGGAACAUCUUUGAAGAUGAGGAAAGAUUUCAGCGACAGGCUGUUUUUCCCAAGCUACUCUGUCAGAAUGCUGAAGACUUCUCUUAUUCCAGUACAUCGUUCAACAGAGAUGCUGUGAAAGCAGGGACAGGCCGGCGUUUCCUUGGCGGGCUGUUAAAUGAUACAUCCUACUGCUACACUCUGGAGGUCUCAUUCUACAGCUACAUAUUGGGUGGACCUGCUUCUGCUGUCCCCUACACAGAAGAAGCCUAUAUGAAGCUUGGAAGAAAUGUGGCCAGGACGUUCUUGGAUUACUACAGGCUGAACUCCUUGGUGGAGAGACCACUAGGAACUACUCCUAAAACUCGGAAGGACAAACUGCCGCACUUUAAAUGCGCUGCCCAGCGAGGCCCAGGGAACAGCCAUGCUGGCAGCAAGCCAGAGAAGAGGAGCCAGGCACAUCUGAAGGACCAGUCUCUCUCCACACGAUGAGAGGAGAGGAGAGAAGAGGAGAGGAGGGCUGCAGGGCAAGGCGGAGGAGCACGUCGCAGUCUGGAAUUGAUGAUGUUUCUCUUUUUUUUUUCUCCCAGACAAGUAUUUCUAAGAUAACAAAUAGUCCAAGGAGAGAAGAGGGAGAGGGAAUUAGCUAGAAAUUUUACUAUUGAUUCUUUUUUAUUUAUAGAUGGUGAAUCAAUUUUAGGGCUUUUUUUUUUUUUUUUUUUUUUUU